UCUGUGGUUUCCUGUAACGCGGUGGGGCGUCGUCUCUAAGUUUGAAAACAAACAAGCCAGUGGGCGUUCGGAUCAGACGCUUUUUGGUGCGGAAACUUUUCAAAAAUGGUGCAACAACUCUCCAAAUCCGCAGCGAAGGAGACCACUUUACUCAAAGCAGGUCACCCUCCAGCAGUGAAGGCAGGAGGAAAACGAGUGGCCAAGAAGACUCUGGAGGAGGGUGCCACUCAUGGGACUACAGAGGCAAAGAAGCCUGAAAAACUGAGCCGCCCUCUUUCCACCCCCAGCAGGAUGCAACAAGUUGGCAUGCUUCUCACAGGGACUCUUGACAAGCUGAGCCAUAACUUUCCUGAGACCCCAGUGAGCGUGAGGCACAACAAGGUGCUCCCUGCAGUGGAGAAGCCUCACAGCCCACGGUCCUUCUGCAUCCAGCAGCCCAGGAAGUGGUGAAUCGGAAUUAAAAAUGCCUCCUGGGGUGGCAGCUGUGUCAAGUGGGCUGUGAGACGGCCAUCGUGAAGUGUUGAUGUUAAACUCCUGAGGGAACUGUCAGGUGGUCUGAAGGGUGUUGGAUGAGAACAAGGCAUUCCUUAGACCGUUUAGAAGAAAAAGUGUCAUUCAUUUAGUGUUUUGCUUGUAUGAGAAGCUUUUAAGCCAGCAUUUAUAGCAUGCUUCUUUGUUCUAUGAGAAAUUAUGUAGUUGUAUUCACCAGCUGAUGGCAUUUGGGCUAAAGUAAGUGUAAAGUUUGUAGAGGGGAAGUAAAAGAUGCUUAAACUUUAAGUGAAUUCGUCUGUAUCACUUGGCAAUUAUUGUGGAUUUAGUAAAAAAAAUAAGAAAAAAAAUGUUUUAACUUUGUGGCAACUAACUUUUCCAGUUUCUUCUUCUUGCAACUACAUAAAAUGACCACUAGAUGGCAGCAAACUAAUUUAUCUAGGUUUCACCCAAACCCAGAGAUGGGCAAACUUUUAAAUAAAAAUGCACAAUUCACAAAAA